UAUACAUACGUAUUAUUGCUUAUAAUUCCAGCUUGUUGAUAAUGUCAUAUAACAAAUAUGUCACGACACCAUGAAACCUAGAGUGAGACAUCUAUGAUUAAUACCAAUUUGUGGAAUUGAGACUGCGAUCCGGGGUUAAUGAAUACGCCAUAUUGCCAAGGAAACAAAACAUUCAACGUAAGAUGAACACGGACCUUUCUCAAACAUGUUGACAACAAACCAAGAGAAAACCAUGGAUACACUGAGUGCUCGAACUAAAGUUGGAGUUCAGGACUGUGUCCUUUUGGAGGACUAUAAGUCCAUGCAGGCUUUUGUGGAUAACUUACAGAAAAGAUUUCGAGAGGAUCUAAUAUACACUUACAUCGGUCCAGUACUUAUUUCAGUCAACCCCUACAGGACCUUGAACAUAUACAACGACCGUAUUGUGGCUUUAUAUCAAAAUGUUGGAUUCUACGAAGUCCCACCUCACAUUUAUGCUAUUGCCAACACAGCCUACCGGUCUAUCGUGACUGAAUUCCGAGACCAAUGCGUACUUAUCUCUGGGGAAUCAGGAGCAGGAAAAACCGAAGCUACCAAAAAAAUCUUGCACUAUAUAGCCGCCAGCUGUCCACACACAGUGAAGGUAGACCAAGUCAAGAAACGGCUGUUACAAUCAAAUCCUAUCCUAGAAGCUUUUGGAAACGCAAAGACAACGAGAAACGACAACUCUAGUCGGUUUGGCAAGUACAUGGACAUACAGUUCAGUAUCAAGGGACAUCCCGUAGGCGGUCAUAUCCUCAACUACCUACUAGAAAAAUCUAGAAUUGUCAACCAAACAACCGGAGAGAGAAAUUUCCAUAUAUUCUAUCAGUUGCUGGCCAGCGGAGAUAGAAAACUAUUAGAUCAUCUUCGACUUCACAAAGAUCCAAACUCGUAUGCGAUUCUUUGUAAGGGGCAGUGUAUUUCGGUCAAUACAAUUGACGAUGCCGCAGAAUUCGGAGAGAUGAGAAAAGCUAUGGAAAUAUGCGAGAUUAAAGAGAGUGACCAGAUGGAAUUGUUUACAGUAGUCGCAGCAGUCAUGCAUCUCGGGAAUAUGAAGUUUGCAUCAGAGAGAGGCGGCAGUGCUGACGUCAUGAAUAAAGUCCCAGUAGAAAUCGUCAGUCAGUUGUUGGGCUGUAAAGAGGAAAAACUGCUUCGGGGUUUGCUCAAUCGAACUAUAGAUGUCAGAGGAGAAAAGGUGGUGACCCCGUUGACAAAAGAACAAGCCAUUCACGCUAGAGAUGCGUUGGCGAAAGGAAUUUAUGACCGACUCUUUUCAUGGCUUGUCAAAAGAAUUAAUGAUUCACUAGGAGCCAAAGAGGACGAAGAGGUCAAGCCAGUUAUGGGGUUAUUGGACAUUUACGGAUUUGAAGUAUUUCUUCACAACAGCUUUGAGCAGUUUUGCAUCAACUACUGUAACGAGAAGCUGCAGCAGCUUUUCAUCACCCUAACCCUGAAAUCAGAGCAAGAUGAAUACAUUAAUGAAGGUAUUGAGUGGGAACCAGUACAGUUCUUUAAUAACAAAAUCAUCUGUGACUUAAUCGACGCUAAGCCAGUAGGAAUCAUGGCAAUUUUGGACGAAGAGUGUUUGAGACCGGGGGAUGCCACUGAUUUCACAUUUCUAGAAAAGCUUGCAGACACGUUUGGCACGCACCCCCACUUUGUGUGCCAUGCCACAGCAGAAUAUCAAAUUAGACGAACACUUAAACAGGACGAGUUUCGGAUAUUGCACUACGCCGGAGAUGUGACGUACAAACUACGUGGGUUCAUGGACAAAAACAAUGACCUACUCUUUAGAAACCUGAAGGAGGUCAUCAGUGAGUCAAAGAACAGGGUGAGUUCCGACUGUUUCCCAAAAGAGGAAAUCUGUGCCGACAACAAGAAAAGACCUGUUACGGCAGGGUCCCAGUUCCGGACAAGUCUAGCCGAGCUGAUGGACAUUUUGAUGUCUAAACAACCAUGUUACGUCCGCUGCAUCAAGCCUAAUAACAACAAGAGGGCAUACACUUUUGAUGAAAGGCUUGUAAGACACCAGGUCACCUAUUUAGGCUUACUGGAAAAUGUCCGACUUCGAAGAGCGGGCUUUGCUUACAGACGGCCUUACGAAGUUUUCUUCAGAAGAUACAAAUGCUUAUCAAAGGAAACGUGGCCCGUGUUCCAUGGUACUGCAAGACAUGGUACACAGUUGCUUGUGAAGUAUCUGCCAAUGAAAGAAGACGACUUCAGACUGGGAGAGACCAAGAUUUUUAUUCGGUUGCCAGAAACGCUGUUUGCAAUUGAGGAUGUAUUGCAAGAAUCCAGGAACCGAUUUGCCAGUAUCAUCCAGUGCUGUUUCAGAGCAUAUUACUACAGGCAGAAGUUUCUCAAGAUGAAAUGGGCAGCGGUUAUCAUAGCCGCUCACUGGCGGAGUUACCUGGCACGGCAAGAGCUCAAAAGACGAAAACGUGCGGCAUUGUGUAUUCGAAAAUUUGUGAAAGGGUUCAUUAACCGACACAACGAACUCUGCCCAGAGAACAAAGCUUUCAUCCACCAUAUGCGCAUCAAUUAUAUUAGGAGACUCAGAGAUAGGCUGCCGACAUCUUUCCUGGAUGACGCAUGGCCGCCAACACAUCCUUUUAUGGAGACUACCGCUCGUCUGCUGCAGAAAAUGCAUCGUAAAAACUUGAUUAGAAAAUACUGCUUACAACUUAAAAAGGAUAGAAAAAGAAUGAGACAGCUAGAGCAAAAAUUGAUAGCGCACGAACUGUUCAAAGGAAACAAAGAGGGUUAUGAGAACAGUAUCCCAGAACCAUUCCGUACCUCAAGAUUGUCCAAAUCCCAAGAAAUUAUGCUGAAUAACGUUUUUAUUGCUAACGUUAAGCAAAGAAAAGAAGCAAUUAGGUACGUGUCCCAGGUUUUGAAGUAUAACCGCAACGGUUACGGCUCCAGGAGGCGUAUCCUUGUCGUCACGGAUAAAGCAUCUUAUAUCCUCAGUCGAUAUAAUUACAAACUCAGGGACAAAAUCUUCCACAAAAAUUUAAAAGCUAUCACCACCAGCGAACUGUCCGAUGAUUUCUUUGUACUCCACACGAAUUCUUCUGAAAGAAACAACAAUAGGAUCUACAACAAGGGCGACAUUAUUUUGCGGAGCGGACAUGUAAUAGAGGCCAUUGUAAAAAUAGCUGUUGCCGCCAAGAAACUGCGUGCCGUGGAAAUUGCAAGAGAAGGAAGUAUCACUCACAAUAUGAUCAAUGGAAAGCAAGGUUUGAUUGAAUUUAUUCGGGGCAGCAAACAUCACGUAACAAUCGGCAAGGCUGGCGAACUACGCGUGGUUGCACCUACAGGAUACACAUCAGAUCGAGAGGCGAUUUAUAUUUAAAAGAAUCAAGAAGGCAAAGUGACUGAUCGAACCAAGGGUCUAUCAACUAGCCGAUAAACUUAGAGAUUAUGAGCUGCUUUUGUUGUGGAAUAUGUUUUUACUGACUCUUAAGUGUGCAAUGGGAGAGAAACACGUACAUGGCAUAAAAGAUCAAUAUUUUCAUCAGUAACAUACACUGUUUAACACUGAAAAACUUAUUUUCUUUUAUCAGUUAGGCCUAAAGUAAACCAACAUGUAGGGAUAUUUUGAAGAUUAUACAUUUUAAACAAAUGAGAAGCACACAAUACUGAAUACAUGUAUGACAGUAGGCUUAAAUAUUUCUUAGGUUCUUGAAAUUAUUACAGUGUAUUCAUAAUGCUGUGCCG